CUUGCGCGCUCUUGCGUCCAGAGGAGCGCGCGCUCGGUGUCUUUGUGGAAAGAGGAGGAGCCGAGGAUGAAGGGAGGGGGGAAAGAGAAAGAGAAAAAAAAAGUGGGAAGGACGAAAGGAGGAGGAGAAAGGAAAGUGUCGAGGGGGGAAGGGAGGAGAGGAAAGUUGGGAAAAGGGGGCUUUUGGGGGGGCAGGGCAGAGGAGGCGAAGGCGCAAAAAAGAAGGCGAAGUUGGGGCAAAGUUUGGAGACGGAGUUUGGAGACGGAGUUUGGAGACGGAGUCGCGCUUUUGGAAAGCUUUGGAGAAGGAGGCCUUUCCUCCCCAAGGGAAGAAGAUUCCCCCUGGAAAAAGAGGGGGGAAAGAGGCUCAGAGAGGGGCCAAAAUGGGGCAGGAAGAGCCCGAGAGGAGAGGAAGGAGCGCGGAUGGGUAGGAGGGGGAGAAAAGCGCAAAGUUCGGGCGAAAUUUGGAGAGACCUUUUUGGAGAGGGAAAAGGGCGCCUUGUGGAGAGGGGGAGGGGGUCCCCGAGUAUGGCCUCGCUUUCGGAAGACCCCGAAGACCCUCCCCGGCCGGAGACAGAGGAUCUGGAGACCCCGAAGGAGGACGGAGGGACGGAGCAAGCUUCUUCUUCUUCUCCUCCCCGCUUCUCGGCGGAGCAAGUGUCGUGCGUGUGCGAGGCGCUGCUCCAGGCCGGGGACCCCCACCGCUUGGCCCGCUUCCUGGCCACUCUCCCCGCGGAGGCGCUCUCCUCUCCGGACUCCCCCGCCGGGGAGAGCCUGGCCAAGGCGCGGGCCUUGCUGGCCUUCCAACGGGGGGCCUUCGAGGAGCUCUACGGCCUGCUCCAGAGCCGCCCCUUCGGCCCCCCGCACCACGCCUUCCUGCAGGACCUCUACCUGCGCGCCCGGUACCGGGAGGCCGAGGCCGCGCGUGGAAGGGCCCUGGGCGCCGUGGACAAGUACCGCCUCCGCAAGAAGUUCCCGCUGCCCCGCACCAUCUGGGACGGCGAGGAGACCGUCUACUGCUUCAAGCGGCGCUCCCGGGCCGCCCUCCGGGACUCCUACGGGCGCAGCCGGUACCCCAGCCCCGAGCAGAAGCGCCGCCUCGCCCGGGACACCGGCCUCUCCCUCACCCAGGUCUCCAACUGGUUCAAGAACCGGCGCCAAAGGGACCGAGGCGGAGGGGGAGGAGGAGUUCCAUCCUGCAGCGAAUCCGAUGGGAAUCCCAGCACGGAGGAUGAAUCCAGCCAUGGGCCUGAGGAAACAGAAGUGUCAAUUGGGAUGUCUAGUACUCCGGAAGGGGUCCCAGCUUCCAACAGCCUUUUCCUGCCAGCCGCCGGCUCCAGUGCCUCUUCCAUCCUUCUGAAUGGCAACUUCAUCACCGCCACCUCGCCCACCAUGUUCCUCAAUGGUGGCUCCGUUAUCCAGACCUCAAGCGGAGGCGUCAUCCUGAACGGUUUGACGCUGGGAGAUAACCAAACCAUCACCUUGAGUCCGGUGACAGCAGCAGCACCCAGUCCCCCCAUCCUCCUCAAUGGCUCCACGGCUCUCUUGAGCAGCAAACCCAUCAUCCCCGCCAACCAGGAGGUCUCCAAAGAGCCCCUUCCGCCAGCCACUGUCCUCCUCAGCACACCAGUCCCGAAGUCCGAAAGUGAAGAAGCCUUGGGUUUUGGAGUGAAGAAAGAGGAUGAGGAGAAACAGUCCGUCCACCCCCUCGUCUCUCUCCCUGAUGCCUCCACUCUGCUCUCCAACCAAAAAGAGGGCCUCUUGGGUACCGUUUCGAUGCCGCAAGUUGUGCCAUUGAAAGAAGAAGAUCAAGUGGCUACUCAACCGGCAGCCACUUCUAGCCCUUCAGCCAAGAUAGUCCCAGCUACCCCAGCUUUGCCAUCUCCCCUGGAAGCCGUGCCUACUAUGAGUGGCCAGCUCACCUUGGCGACUCCAUCUCCGGCCGCCGUCUCUUCGUCCGAUCAAGCCACCGUUCUCCACGUCCCAGCCCCGUCCCUGGUCCCCAUCGCCCAAGUUUCACCUCCAUCCCAAGUCGUCCCCCUCUCCCAGCCUGUUUCGGGGACCCAGGUGCUCUCCCCGUCUCAGAUGGUCCCCAUGUCACCCACCCAGAUCUAUACAUUGCCCCAAGGGGUGGCGGCCCCCCAGAUUGUCUCUCUCCCCCAAGUGCCCCAAGGGUCGCAGAUUAUCUCCCUGCCCCAAGUGGUGCCCACCUCGCAGGUGGUGACGCUGCAGCAAAAUGUGGGCAGCCCCAUCCAGAUCUUGACCAGCUCUGCCCCCAUCAAAAUGGGCACCGUGGCGGGGACGCAGCAGGGGACGGUGGCAGGUGGGCACCUCGGACAGAGCGGCGGCAUGCAUCUCAUCAACACCAACAUGGGCAUCACUGCGCUGCAGCUUCCAGGCACAACACCAGGGAAUAUCCUCCUGACCAACCCGGCGACGGGCAGCAGCACCAUCGUCACCGGCAUGGCACUGCAGCAAGGCAAGCUGAUCUUGACCGCCACGUUCCCAGCGGGCAUGUUGAUGGCACCCAUACUCUCGACUACUCCGGCAGCAGCGGCGCCCAGUUUGGCCCCUCCAAUCAAACAGGAAGAGGCGGCUACUCCGGCCGCAGUUCUCGAGCGCCACGAAGAUGGUGGUGGCAACUUGUUGCUUUCGAGUGUCGCGUCCGAAGUCUCCUCUCUCUCCGCUUCUGACAAUACUGGGCAAGCCAGCUUUUCGUCCUUUGGCCCGGACUCUGGCCCAUCCAGCUUGCUUUCGGAUUUCUCCCAAAACGAGAGCCUGUCCCAACAGCAGAUGGUAUGGUCCGACCCCGUCGGUAUGGGCCUCCAAGGGAAUGGCUCCGUGGGGCUCUUUGAACUGGACAAGGACCCCAUGGAGGAGCAAGCGGGGUUACUUCGGCUCCCCGAAGACGAAGGCCUCUUGCUGGACGACUCAGGGGGAGACCCCAUGGAUCCAGAGGGUCUCGACUCCGGGGAGAAAGUGCUGACCCAGCUGCAGUCGGUGCCGGUGGAGGAGUCUCUGGACUUAUAAAAGGACAGCGAGUUGGGUAGGAAGCUCAUCCAUCCGUUCUUCCCUUCAGAGGAAUGGGAUUUUGCCUUUGAAGCUAUCCUUCUUGGUUGCGUUUUAAUGUCGUCUUCCAGACCAGAGGUGCUGGUUCAGGAACGUUCGAAGUGCCUUGAUAAGGGAAACCCCUCUCCCGCAUGUGUGAAGCUUCCUUCUUCCAUGGUUGCAUCUUCCUUUUGCAUGUGUUUGUGUGUGGCAAAUACGAGGGUUGAAUGAAAAGUAAUGCCUCCACCUUCGUUACUUGAGUUUGGAUGGGAAUGUUUUAAUAAAUCAAAGGCAGGAAUAAUCCUUAGAAUGUGCUCUUUAACUUGCUUGAAAUUUCUCUUUGAGUGGCAUGACGAUCGUCCUGAAUCAAUCAUAGAAUCAUAGAAUCAAAGAGUUGGAAGAGACCUCAUGGGCCAUCCAGUCCAACCCCAUUCUGCCAAGAAGCAGGAAUAUUGCAUUCAAAUCACCCCUGACAGAUGGCUAUCCAGCCUCUGUUU